AUGACUGGCAUGCCGCGGCAAAUCAGCGCAGGCAGUCGGGGCUCGACUUCUGUGGAUGACAGCGAUGACAUGGGAAUGAAGGCAGUGAAGAGUAUGCCGGUGUCCUCCUACCGGAUGGAGGCCUCGGACGACUCGGAGGUGACCUCGCCGCGCCGGCGCUCGAGCCGGCUCUCUACCUCGAUAGCAGAUGACCCCUGGAUGCGCGCGAUGCGACCCGCCACAGCGGCUUCCUUUGGGAGCGGGAGCGUCGGUGGCGUCAUCUCCCCCCGCGCCGCGCUGGGCGCGCUGCGCUCGACGGCGCCCUUCGGCCGCCGCAUGAGCCACCGCGGAUCCGUGGCGCGGCGCCGGCUCAGCGGCCUGGCUGACCUGCACGAGCGGACCAAAGAGGAGCUAGAUCCGGAGCCUGUGAUGGCGGUAAAGACGCCAAGGAUCUCCACGGUGCUCACCUUCGAGGAAGCGGUGCACAUGGCGAAGAAGCACAACCUGUCGGUGGGCACGGUGAAGGCGGCGCUGGACGAGUUCCGGGAGCUGGGCGAGGGGCGGAAGGUGCUGACCCCCGUGGAGUUCGAGAAAGGCAUGAGGAGACCCACGGGCAGCGCCGAGCCGAGCGGGGGGGGCGCUGGGCCGGGCUGGGGGGAGCCGGUGCCGAGUGGGCAGCAGCCGAAGCCUCGCGCCGGGCCCAUGGCGUGGGAGGCCGCGGUGCGGCAGCAGCUGCGGGAGGGUCAGGCGAUGGAGGCCAUGAAGGCGACGCACUUCGCCGCUGGUGCGACUGUGAAACGGCGCGAGGCGCUGAUGCUGGAGAUGCGAGCCUUCAGCGAGCGGCCCUGUGUGCUGCAGCUGGGCAUCGACACAAAGACGGGCCUUUGGGGCUCCAUUUUGCCGGCUGCCUGGCUGGCUUCCCACCGCACGCCGCGUGGGGCCAGGAGCUUCUACACGGACCCCGCCGGCUUCGGCCUCGCCAUGCGCGAGGCCGGCGCGGAGCCGGCGGACGUGGAGAGCUUCUGGCGGAUCCUGCUGCUGCGCGGCCUGGUCUUCCUGGAGCUGCAGCAGCCGGCGCGGGGCCAGCGGGACUUGCGGGCGGCAAGGGACAUGGGAGCCGCAGGCGCGGAGCUGGAGCAAGGCCUCGCGAGGGCGCGGAAGGCACUGGAGGCGCUGGAGGCGGAGGAGAGGAAGCAGCUGCUUCAGCGGCAGGUGCCGGUCACGGUGCUCACUGGCUUCCUGGGCGCAGGCAAGACCACGCUGCUCAACUACAUGCUCAAGGCCCGGCACGGCUACAGAUACGCCGUGAUCGAGAACGAGGUGGGGCAGAUCGGCAUCGACAACCAGCUGCUGCAGGCGGGCAAUGCCAAGCGCACCGCCGAGUCGGUAGUGCUGCUGGACAACGGGUGCCUCUGCUGCACGGUGCGCAGCGACUUGGUGGAGGCGGUAAAGCAGAUCCUGCUCAAGGCCGACACAGAGCUGGCCAACAAGCAGGCGGCUGCAGCUGCCACAGGGGAAACAGAGGACAAAGGCGAGCGGGUGCUGGAUGGCAUUCUCAUUGAGACCACCGGCUUGGCGGACCCAGGCCCGGUGUGCAAGACCUUCUUCGCAGACGAAGAGCUGCGGACCCGCACGCGGAUAGACGGUGUGCUGACGCUCGUGGACGCUUGCCACUUUCUGCAGCAGCUACGCAGGGAGAGGUCUGAGGAUGCGGUGAACGAGUCGGCGCAGCAAGUGGCUUUCGCAGACAAAGUGCUGCUGAACAAGGUGGACGCUGCCGGGGAAGCUGCCGUCCGGGAGGUGGAGGCGACGAUCCGCGCCAUGAACGCGCUGUGCCCCAUCGUGCGCUGCAGCCUCGCCCAGAGGCCCGGGGAGGUGCCGCUGGACGAGCUGCUGGCGGCGCAGAGCUUCCACCUGGACAAAGUGCUCGAGGAGCUGGGCUCUGAGCCACCGGAGAAGCGCCGGCGCCUGGACGGCCACGAGGGCCACGGCCACGAGGGCCACGGCCACGAGGGCCACGGCCACGAGGGCCACGGCCACGAGGGCCACGGCCACGGCCACGGCCAUACGAGCACUGCGUUUCGGCACGACUCGGGCGUGGGCACCUGCAGCUUUGUGCUGGAGAAGCCACUGGUGCUACAGCGAUUCACUCAGGUCAUGAAUGCCCUGCGCGCCGAGCGCGCGGUAGACCUCUAUCGCUACAAGGGCCUGGUUUGCAUCCGUGAGAGCGGGGGCCUGCGCCAAGCAGUGCUGCAGGGCGUGCACGACAUGUGCGAGUUCGAGCCCCGGAGCGACUGGCCGAGCGCAGCGCCCACCCGGUCCCAGCUGGUCUUCAUCGGCCGGCGCCUGGAGGCCCCCAAGUGGCGCCGGCUCUUCGAGCAGUGUCAGCAGGGCAUCCUGGACGAAGACGCCUGA